AUGGAUGCUCAGAGUUGCGACUUGCGGCGACCAGUCUGCUCCCGCUGCACCCGAUUUCCUAGGGAAUGUGUCUAUGACCUGAGUAUCAUUAGGCAGAUUCGGCCCCAAGAGUCAACCCUUCGACGUCCUGUAGUAUUCUGUCCGGAGAUAUCAAUCCAACCAACAGAGCCGAAUGCGCCGGCCCUUGUUCAACAACCGGUGUUGAGGCUGUCCCCUUUGCUAUCGUCGGAGCAGUCGAAAUUCUUCCUGCACAUCCUGAGCACCGAGACGGCUCCGUCGCUUUUCCCCGCCGCUCCAAAGCUCUUCAUCGACAGGCUGAUCAGCUCGGCAAUAGAAACUCCCCAUCUUCUACAUGCACUGCUUGCCUCUGCCGCUAGCCACCAUAGUCGACUGAUAGGGGAUGCGACCACUGAAUCACGGGUGAUGUGCUUGAAAUUCACCAACUUAUCCAUUUCCGGUCUUCGUACUGCUAUGAACGAGGCGAAGGAUGUCCUCCGAGCGGAAACGGCCAUGACGGCAAUGACACUCUGCACGAAUGAUGUUUGCAAUGGUAACAUGCACAUAUGGAGGUCUCAUUUGUCGGGGGUCAUGCACCUACUGAAAGUCAUGCUCAACGUCCCGCGUGGGUCCUUUGACAACAGCGAUCCUUUCGUCUUGUGUCUAGUGAAGUGGUUUGCCACCCUCGAUAUUUUAGCUUGUGUUUCCGGGGUCAAUACGGGGGACACGCUUGAAGGUCAGGAUACAAUCUUGAAUAAGCUUCCCAGUUCUAUCACAGGUUAUGUAGAUGACAUCUGCGGUUAUUCAUUGGAGUUAGUACCCUUACUUGCGCGAACUGCGCAACUUGCUUGUCAAACCGGUAUGCAUGCCGCUUCCGGGCCCUGGCUACUAGACCUAUCUGUACAAGACGUUGUGAGCGAGGCCAAAUAUCUAGAAAAUGCCAUCCUUGCCGUCACUGAGCGAGCGGCUUCCGAGGCGACAUUGAAGGCCCAUGGGCAUGAGCUCUAUAGCGAGUUGCGAUACACACACCUUGCUUUUGUUCACUCCGCUCUUUUAUAUCUUCAUCGACGUGUGCGGCUCUUCUCCAAAGAACAUCCGAUGGUCCGCAACGAUAUUAUAAACAUCCUGGACGCUGUUGACAAUAUUUCGCCCUUGUCAUCUUCUAACAUUUUGAUUCUUUGGCCGAUAUUUAAUGCUGGUUGUGAAACGGAUAUGAUCAGCGACCGGGAACAAAUCCAAGAUCGUAUGGCUUAUAUGCAAGAUCGUGGCUUGGGCAAUUUCACUCGCGCUCGAGAGUUGAUGAAGGAAUUCUGGGCAUCAGAUACAUCUUUGCCAUGGGAUGUAUACUUCACCCUGCAUGGCCGAGAGCUCGUCUUAUUCUGA